CUUUGAAAAACCCUUCACAAUUUCUUCCUCAUCAACCCCCAAUUUCAAUUACAGUUUCGGAUUUGAUUUGGAUUUCCAAAAAUGAUGAAGGAGAAGUUAAUGAAUCAGAUCUUCAACCUAAAGCUUACAUCGAAGUCACUGGUAAGGCAAGCAAAAAAAUGUGAGCAAGAAGAGAAAUCUGAGAAGGUGAAGGUAAAGAAGGCGAUCGAGAAGGGAAACAUUGAUGGCGCGAGGAUCUACGCCCAGAACGCAAUCCGGAAACGUAACGAGCAGCUCAAUUACCUGCGCUUCGCAUCAAGGCUUGACGCAGUAGUGGCGAGGUUAGGGAGUCAGAGUAACCUGCAGAGCGUGGGGAAGUCGAUGAGCGGAAUCGUGAAGUCUCUGGAAGGGGCACUUUGUGUGGGGAACAUGGAGAAGAUAUCACAGACAAUGGAUAGGUUUGAGAAGGUGUUUGUGAACAUGGAAGUGCAGGCUAGUUUCACUGAAAAGUCAAUGGCAGGGACUACAUCUUUGUCCACACCAGAAGGGGAAGUGGGUUCUCUGAUGCAACAAGUGGCUGAUGAUUAUGGGUUGGAGGUAGCCCUGAAACUCCCACAGGCAGGGAAUAGUAGUAAUCAACUGGCUCUGGAGGUGCCCAAGGAGAGUAGGCCUGUGAUCUCUCUUACUGAGGAGGAGUUGAGUAGGCGAUUGGCUGAUCUCAAAUCAAAAGGCUAGUUUUGAUUACUCUCUCUCUCUCUCUCUCUCUCUCUCUCUCUCUCUCUC